AUGGAGCACAAGUUUUAUUCUCGCUUCCCAGGCUUCCAGCCCAAUCCAUCCGCAUCUGCAAUAGAUGAAUUUGCUCGUCUGGCGCGUCAUAUGAACUGGAACCUCCGCUCUAAGGUCUACCGUACAGAGUGGGCAAGAUUUAGUGCUUUGGAAUUCGCUAAGCACUACGGCGUUGAAACCUCAAGCCUCGAAAAAUGGCAAUCGCUAUGCCGUGAGCUGGACAUUUCCAAGCCUACUGAAAGCAUCGCCAAAUGCAAAAAGGCACUUGCCAGCGUGCACGUCAAUAUUUUUGAUCUAAUCGACUCUCGCCGGACUGGUGCUCCAAUCACCAAAUUUACAAAUGUUCGAGCGCUUAGACGGUACACAAAACAAAGUGGGAAAAUAUUUCCCAGAGGGGCCGCUAAACGGGAUGGCUUCCUCAGUGCAUUACUGCGGGAAAUAUUCUAA